CACACCGCCAGUUACCUAGCACCUACCUGCAGGAAGCUACGAAGAAAGUAUCCCGCAAGUACGCAGUAACUGCACAGAUUACUGGGUAACGGAAUACCAAAGAAGUAACUGGUACCCAGAAGCGUGCGCCCGGGUUACGGUCCCCCAAUUCACCAAUGAUAGCCUAUUAAUAGUGCUACUAAAGCAGUAGGCGCGCCUACCACAGCAUGUCACACAAUCACCGAGGAUGGUUGUUUCCGCUGCUGCCAAACCCACAACACCAACCCAGGCGCACCGGAAUCGGAAUUGCGCCAGGUGAUUGGCCGCCGCUCCGGACCUUGGACGCGAUCGCGCUCCCGCCCCAAGUGAUGGCUCUGCUGCCGGACUGGCUGCUGCGCCUACGCCGCGUCGAGCCAGCCGACAACCCCGUCCUGGCCGUCGAGAAGCUCAACUCUCUGGGCCGGCCGCUCCAGGAUGCGGACAAAGAGAUCCUGGUCGGCGCCGUCCUCACCAUGAGCUCCAGCCUCCACCUCGCCCUCGAUAUGCUCCAGGAGAUCCUGCCCCAGGAGAAGUCGCAGGAGAGGCUGGGCGAGGUCAUGUGCCCGACCCUCGGAAGUCUCCUGGACUCGCUCCAGAGCACCCUCUCCUCCUUCGCCCGGAGCACUUCACGGCAGGCGCCUCCUCCCGAAGCCUCCGCCACGCCACCCGCCAGCACCCCCGGAACGGCCACUCCCCGCGCCGGGGGGGCCAACGUCGCCGGAGAGCACCACCACCACCACCUAUCAACCCCCCGCAGCCGACACAGCGGGCAUGGCGGGCGAGCCGCGGUCAAGGAGAGCGAGCAAUUUGGUUCCGCGGGGUUUUCGCGCCCGCAGACCGCUCGGACGGAAACAGAGAGGUUCCCUCCUUUCGAGGACAGCCGAACUGCUGGCCGUCUCGACCACACCGGGAUCAAUAUCCGCCGCAGGCCGGCGGAGAAUCUGGUGAACGCCUUGCAGGCCGAGAUGCGUGUCCAGGCCGCUAUCAACGUGGCCAUCGAAUCCCUCGAGUUCGCCGAGGGCCAGCUGAAGAUGGUCAAGGAAGUCAACCGGCUCCAUGGAGGCAAUUUCGACCUCCUCCAGAGGCAUUUUUAUCAGGGCUAUAAUCGCUUGCUGUCUCGCGCACUCGAGCUUCAGUGGCGAGAGAUGGGGUUGCAGUCGAGCAGGGACAGCCUGAUCUCUGUUGCGUCUGUAGAGCAGCCAUGUCCGCAGCUCGCCAGGCAUGCAGCUACUACUACUAAUAAUACUGGCAUGCGAGCGAGGCCCCGGCAACACUCAAUCUCUUUUCAAAGCGUCUCGUCGGUCCAGUCUCCAGCCAGCACCACGCGAGGCUACGGAGAGACCCGCACUCCCGGCUUCCAAAGGCGGUCGCUGGAGCGCAGGAACACGAUACAGGGUAUCAGGCAAGAGGGUAAGUACCGUUGGUGCGCUCCCCCGCCAAAGGCACCGUGGCUCUUAAGUCACGAACCGGUCUGCCCCGGAUGCUAAGCGGUCUACAGUUCCCGGGAACUCGAGGACGAAACCACCGCUCCGGCGUCGGAUGUCGCUCGCCGACGAGCUAGCCAUGGUCGGGGAGGACUCCGAAAGCGGGUAUCAAGACGAAACCUCCGAGAUGGCAAGUUCUGCGAGCGAAUUCGGCGCGGAAUCGGACC